AUGCCCGGCGACCCGGCAAUGCUUGAGAAGCUUGGCCUCCGUGACAUCCCCCGCUGGUACCGUGAGAAGUACGGCAUCCCUAGCCUGCUACCGAAUGGGCAUGUUCAUCCUCGUCAUCAAAUCGGCCAUGCUCUGCCACUGGCGGACAAUGGCGGUUUCGGAGCGGUCCACAAUCCAUCCCGCCUCGCGACAAAUGUAAUUUCAGACAUUUCUGAUAUUGAGAAGGAGUCUCGGCAGAAGACUCAUUAUGCUAUUCAGCACUCACCAGUUGCACUUCCUGGUUCGUCACGGCCUGUCUAUACAACCGCAGGACCGGCCAGGGCUCAGGUUCCUCAGAGGCACGGAGCAAAGAAUUCCUCGAAAAUGGACCUUUUAUCCUUUGACCCUCUGCCAGAAUACCCCAGCUAUACGUCCGUGGAAACUGCGCCCGGGAAGGUACGCACACUGACCGGCUCAAAUGGCACCGCCGCCUUUGCGAAUGUCAAUGACAACGAGCGCGAGGACUUCGUCCGCAGUAUACAAUCUCUGAUGCCGGCUCCAAUGUCCGGAAGCUCGGAGUACCUGCUGGCCGGUAGUUCCCUCUACAAGCCUCGUUCCAAGAAGGCACAAAAAUCCCGCCGGUUGUAUCAGCCCCGGCCUGCUGUCCCGAAGCAGGAAUCCGAACCUGAAGCAGGCGAAGUAGAUGCCUUCAGUGGAACUCAUAGAGGCUAUGGCACUGCUCCGCCGAGCGUUGGAUCUCCUAUUUCCAAGAUUGACCACCCGGGGGCCUUGGCCAGCCCGAACAUCCGGUCUGCCCUAGAUAGCGCGUCCGAGCCGGCUACUCGCGGUGCCUCCCCUUUAACCCAGUCCGGCACUGCAUCUUCGGACUCGAGUCCUGACCAUGUUCGCGACCGACACAAAGAUAAAAAUGAACACAAAGCGACCUUCGGCGCUAUCGGUACCAAGAGAGGUUAUCGUAAGUCGUCUGACGGAUCCUCCGAAGGUGUGGAUGGCUCAAGGAUGCCAGGUUGGAAUGGGAAGGAGUGGUCAUCAAGAUACAUACAACCGGCGCAAGGCACGGCGGACUGUCAGACUUUCACAAUCGAGGUUCUGUGCUGA